GCUGUGAAAAAUUUUGGAACUCACAAACAGGGCUUUUGAAGGCUUCUUGACAUGUUUUCUGGUGACCUGGACCGGGAGGAAUAUGAAGACGAACUGUACCGUGAGGAAGAUGACUCGGAGCUGUCCGAACCAGACAGUGACGUGGAGUUCCACCUUUACUCACAGCUUCACUACAGCGCUGGGCCGGACGGCCUGGAGGAACAGCCAGACCAAGGCACCAUCGAGUCAGACCAACCCCACGCCCAACAGCCUCAGACGGGACAGAAAGCCCAGAGCACUCAGCCGCAACCCUCAUCUCUCUCAGAGGUCAUUGUCAUCGACUCGGGGCCGGACGUCAUCACGCUGUCAGACAACACGGAGGAGGAGGACGACGACGACGGGGUCUGUGCUACGAAAGGUCAAAGGUCACGACCCUGCAGCUUAGCGCAUAAGACGAGCAGCACCCCUCUGCAGCCUUCCUGUCCCGUCGGCGCUGAGGAUGGACAGUCGGAUAGCUCUGAUGACACUUUGAUUGUCUUAGAUUCGGAAUCAGAACUGGACUCAGAAUCUGAUUCAGACCACCUAGAGAACUGGAUGAUUCUGGGCAAAGAUAAACAAAAAGGAGAUCGGAGUAUUCAGCUUAAUCUUUCUGUACAAGCUGACAGGAGCACACCAGUGAAUGAAGAUGAUGGGGAGAGCUGGGCUGUUUGUGAUAAAGACAGAGAGGCUCAGAUCUUUAAUAAAGGUGGUGGGCCGAGGAGGCUUUCUUACCGUUACUACACUGAAAAGAGUGUCACCUGCCAUAACUGUAAAAAGACUGGUCACCUGUCCAAAAACUGCCCCUCACCGAAGAAGUUGCGAAGUUGUUUGCUGUGUGGGACUGUGGGUCAUAUCCAGAAGACUUGUCCAAAUAGACACUGCUCCAACUGUUUCCUCCCCGGCCACACGUACGAUGACUGUCUGGAGAGGGCUUAUUGGCACAAACGCUGCCAUAGAUGCUGUAUGACCGGCCACUUCUUUGAUGAUUGCCCCGAAAUCUGGAGACAAUAUCACCUCACAACCAAGUUGGGUCCUCCACGUAAAGCUCCAAAGACUGAUGUCAAAAAGGCUAGCGCGUAUUGUUAUAAUUGUUCACAAAAAGGACACUUUGGCUUUGAAUGCUCUCAGAGGAGGAUGUUUAAUGGAACAUAUCCCACAUGCCCCUACAUCUGCCACUAUGACACCGCCCUGGACAUCCGCCACCGCGAGAACCGCACACGCAAGAGAGUCAAAGAGCUGCAGGAGGCUGCCUUACUGGAGCUCCCUGCAGGGGGCACCGGAGACUCAGAACCAGCGCGAAAGAAGCACAAACCCAGCCACAUACACUCAGCGGUCACCGGAGCGAAAAUUACUCCUGCUCACACGCCAAAGAGACGCAUUGCACACACGCCACGAAACCAUCACACAACACACACACCAAACAGCACUCAUAAACAGCCGCAAUCCAACACACACAUUCCACAUACACAGGCCCAACAAAAUCCAGACAAGCCACAUAGUGCCUGUACACCCCUGAACCAGAAGAAGAAAAAGAAGAGGCAGAAGAAGAAGAAGACAAACAAACAACAGACGAACGUAGGGCUGGGUGUUGAUGAAGCUGAGGACUUCCCCCGUGGACCGAAAAAGUUCCCGCCACCGAACGGAACCCCUGCGCGUCCUCUCAAGGCCAAACACAGCCCAGACGUCCUCUUCAGGAAUGAGGGAAUGAGUAAAAAAAAGAAGAGGAACAGAGCAAGAGGGAGAGAUAGAAAAGCAGCAAAUACCUCUAACAUGUAUCCUACAGAUGAAAAUCUAUUUCUGAUCAAACAAAAAAAAAAGAAAAAAGAAAAA